AUUAAAAUAAAAUUAAAAUUUAAAAUCUCCUGCCAUUUUCUGAUGAGCAUAUUUGCAAUGCAAUAAGUCUCCAACAACACCCACUUUUUUAUUCAUCUUUUUUUCCCCAACUAUUUUCUUGUUCACAAUCAGCAGUAAUUAGGGUUUCAACUACAAGACCCACCACUUAAUUUACAAAUUACAGGAAUGUCACAUUUAUUCAAAACCAGACUUCAAAACUAUGCUCAAAAAAGAAACAUGGCAUUCCCUACGUAUACGUGUGAGAUGCAAGGCCCGCCACAUAGUCGGCUUUUCAAAGCUCAUGUCACGCUUGAUGGAAAUACUUAUGUGGGACCUGAAUUUUGCACAACAUUGAAAGAUGCAGAACACGCAGCUGCUAAAGUAGCGUUCAUGUCAUUAUCACCCGAAGGAGAACAACAAGAUGAUUGUCUAUAUAAAAGUCUGUUGCAAGAAUUGGCUCAAAAGAAGGGUCUUCUUCUUCCCAUUUAUACCACAGAUCGAACCGGCCCUCCUCAUGUUCCCUGUUUUUCCUCUUCAGUUCAGAUAGCAGAUGACCACUAUGUGGGGGAAACCGCACGCACUAAGAAACAAGCGGAGAUGAAUGCCGCAAAGGUUGCUUAUCUUGCUCUUAGCAAAGGUGGACCAAGAACGAACAAUGCAGCUGCCGUCUCCAAUAUUCAAACAGUGGGAGCUUCUAGUUCCGGAUCUCCUAUCUUGCAAACAGCUGUGACUCACAUAGAUGAACCAAUUAUCAUACCACCUGCUAGUGAGAUACAAACAACCAUCAAUGAUCAAGCCUUGUCAAUUGCAAAUGAAGCUGAGAAAGGAAAAGGAUAUCAGGAUUUAAAAACUUUCCAAGAUAUUAUAGAGAAGCAUAAAAAUACCAUGGCGCUACCUGUGAUCCAUCAAUCACAGCCAAAAGACACACCAGAAGUUGCUGAUUUCGCAAAACUGAGUAUCAGACAGGAAGAUGUUGCAACUCACACUACUAAAGGGUCUGGUGCACGUGAAAAGAUAAAUCAGUUGCCUUCCGCUGCUGGUGGGAAGAUAAACCAGUUGUCUUCCACUGCAAAUGAAAUGAUAAAUCAGCUGUCUUCCGCUACAAGUGAAAGGAUAACUCAGCUAUCUCCGACUGCAAAUGAAAAGAUAAAUAAGUUGUCUCCUACUGAAGUCACCUUCGACCCAGUUGUGGGUUCAGAUGCUCUAAGGACACGUUCAAUCAAGAUUGUGAUUCGACCACACAUAAAAGGCAUGAGGUAUGAUGGUCCGAUCCAGGUUUCUGAUGAAGAUUGGGUGGCCAUGAAAGUGGAUGUUUAUGAGGAAACGUGAUUUGGAAUGUAAGGCGUCUGAAAUUCAAGUUCUUUAGGUCUUUAAGUCUUUUGGGUGUCUUCUGGUAUCUAGAAAUAACCAUUAUCGGUGAUGUAGUGGUAUUUGGAGUUCAUAUAUGUAUAUCACUAUUUUUUGGUCUUAGAAGACAAGUAUCACAUGAAUCUGACAUGCACAAACUAUUUGUGUUUUA